AUGAAUAUGUUCAAUAAAAAGAGCGAUAUUUAUCAAGCACUUUAUAGUGACAUAAGGCAAAGGAUGAAUUCUUAUGCAGUAUGAAACUUGAAGAAAAAUAUAUUAGGAAGAUUUAUCCUUAUUGCGCUCAUGAUAACUGCUUGCAUUGUGCCAUGAUAUUAUGAAAGCGACGAUUUGCCAUAUGUUUUUUUGUUUAUGCUUUGUGAUAUAGAAUAUAAUAGCACAAAAUGCAAAAAUUACUGGACUUUGUAUGAUGAUAACAACUGCGGAUCUUCUAAUAGUAGUUAUUGUGAUAAAAUAGAAAAAAAUAGACUGGCUGGAGAAGUCUAUUUAUUUGCUACACUUAUAAUGAUUUUUUUGAUACUUUUAAGCAUUUUUGGAGUUUAUUCAACAUACUCAAAACGUUUAAGGUGCUGCAAAACGGAUUGGGCUAAUUUUAUAUUUCCUAUUGCGCAGAGUGGUAUUGUGAGUUUUUGGAUAUGGAAAAGCACUUAUAAAAUUUCUUAUAAUUCUGGCAUUGAGCCAGGCACGACUAUUGGGAUUGCUGUUUUUAUCUUUCAAGUGUGUAUUGUUUUCCAUUAUUUUUUAUUCAAAUCGGAGCUUUCAGAAGAUAAGCACUCUUUAUCUGACGAAAGUUUGCCUAAUGGAGAUCAAGGGUAUUCAAUUAAUUAA